CGACGUUGUUUUUGGUAGCGGAAACUGUUUACUCCUGAGAGGGAAGGUGGUCGUUAAAAGUAGCCCAUUUUGUAUCUAAUUGUCCAUAUAAUGCUGUGCUGUUGUUGUUGUUGUUGAGGAAUCUGAAUAUGGCUUCUAAAAAGACAGGAGUGACGGAUUCUGUUGUUGCAUUUGAAGAUGAAUUGAAUAGCAUUGUUAAAGAAUAUCUUGAAUUUUGUAAUUAUGGUAGAACUGUUAACUCAUUUGAUACUGAAACCAAGGAAAGAGGAAAGAUAGUGAAAAGUCGCCCAAGACCACAAUGGAACAAACAGAAACUUGACAUUCAGUCUGAUAUCCUCAAUAUGUUUCAACUUGGUGCGAGGAGGGAAUUCUUCAAACUUUGGGAUGACAAUGUGCCUGAGAAGAUCCGGAAUAAUGACCCUGUUUGCAAGAAACUAGAGUUUUAUAUUAGUAUAUACUUUGCUAUAUAUCCCAUCAAAUAUUCAUUAAUUACUGGAAAUGAGCCAAAUAAAACAAAGACAGAAGAGGCCAUGCAGGAAUUCAAGACAUUUUUAGAAACAAGAGGAGCGUCUUUGAGCCAAACUACAGAAUUUCUUCCUUUUUAUGCAUUACCGUUUGUACCAAAUCCUGCUCAUCAUCCGUCAUUCAAAGAGCUAUUUCAAGACAGCUGGGUGCCAGAUUUACAGAUGAGAUUGGAGAAAUUUCUCACCUUGGCAUUGAAAUCUCAUCCACAGCCAAAGUUAUUUGAAAUUUAUGCGGAGUAUCAUCGAUCCCAUGCACAACAAAUCCAGGGAUUUCAGCAAAGUAUAGUAGACGCAGAAAAGAGGACCAUGACAUAUAUGAAAAGAUAUAAUAAAUUACAGGGUGACUACCAUAAUUUGAUUGGAAUUACUGCUGAACUUGUUGACUCCCUUGAAAGCUGUAUUAAUGGAAACAUGGUUACUCCAGAAUAUCUCCAAACUGUGUGUAUAAAAUUAUUCAGUAGUCAAGUACGGGAAUCAAUGGACAUCAGCAGACCAGGAACUGCUGGUUCGUUACUCCGAGCAUCAGUUCUUCCACACAGGGAACCCAGUGAGGCAAGUAAUGCAUUGCCACCAUUAGACUAUAUCAAAGUUAAAAAUGAUUUGAUACAUGCUGAUGAUAGAAGACAAAUAUUUCUCUUACAAGCAUUAAGAUGGCGACUAACACGGUGUCAAGCUGGUGAACAACGCACUGCAAUACUGUCAUCCUAUUGUUCUAAUGAUUUACUGGGUUGUAAUCGUUCUGGAGAGUAUCAGACGAAUGUUUUAGGAUUGUUGGGUUCAGAUGUAGAAGUGGUAAGACAGUAUACUGCAAGAUUGUUUAAUGCAUUUGCAUCUCUAGCUGAAGGUCGUACAUACCUUGCAAAAAACUCACAGUUGUUACCUGUAUUACAAGAAACUUUACAGUCAGAAGACAAAGAUUCCAUUACAAGAGAAAAUAUUCUAGGAGCUCUACAAAAACUGAGUUUAAAGCGACCACUCCAAUCUCAGAUGAUAGAAGGUGGUAUGAUAUCAUGGUUGGUAUCGGUGCUUGUGGACAGCGAUGCCUUGUCAGAUUACACAUUGGAGUAUUCAGUAGCACUACUUAUGAAUUUAUGUCUUAGAACAACAGGUAAGCAUAAAUGCUGUGAAGAUGCUGCUCACAUAUUGAAAGUAUUAAGUGAUUUACUAGGACAUGAAAACCAGGAGAUUCGACCUUACGUGAAUGGAGCACUGUACAGUAUAUUAUCUAUUCCAGUAAUCAGAGAGGAAGCAAAAGCAAUGGGCUUAGAAGAAAUUUUAAGAUGUUUCUUGAAAGAUGAUAAUCCUGAUAUGAGUCGCCAAAUCCAAUUCAUUAUCAAACAACUCAACUCAACUGAUAUUCCAGAUGAAGAUGCAGAAUCCGAUGAUGAGGAUGAAGAUGAUGAUGAGGAAGAACAAGAUGCCAUGGAAGCUGAUCUUGAUAAGGCUGAAGUUGUAAAACCUGAACGCGGAGAAAUUGUUGGUGAACAGUUGUUGCAAACAGAGUAUCUGGGGAUACUGACACACAAUGGAAAGCCAAAGAAAAACAAGCAGUUAGAUGCUGCCCUAUUAGAUGAACCAUUGCAGAGGCCUGUUACACCUGGAGUAAGAAAGAUAGCUGUAGUCGAUAACACAUCAAGAAUAAGUACGCCUCACAGCCAUGUUAAUGGAAUGUUAUCAAGACCUGCUACUAGUACUGGUAGUCGCCCUGUCACACAAGAAUCACGGCCAAGGUCAAGGGACAGUCAGCGAUAUUCACCAUCAAUUCGAAGUCGGCCAUCUUCACAGCAACCUCUUCCUCCACCUAUUAGAGGUGACUCUGAAGCUGACAAAAUGUCUGCAGUGCAAUCUGAGGAGGGUAAAAUGAGAGCUUCUAACAAAUCGUUAUCAAAUGUGAAUGGUAGUCGACCUGUGAGCGCGGCCGAGGCAUUCGUAUCGAAACCUAAACUACCUCGUACUCCAGAUGUGAGCAGUCGACCAACUAGCAGAGGUGGCCUAAAAACCCCACCACCCCAACCGAGAGUAUCAGCCUCUCCACCACUAUCGAGACCCACCAGUGCUGGCAGGCAAAGUGGUAAUGGUGAUGGUAGGCCAACCAGUCAUGGUAGUAUUCGUCCUUCAAGUCAAGGCAGUAAUAGACCUUCAAGUCGAGGUCAAGUUGGAAGUCGUCCAGUCAGUCAACCCGGAAUGAAGCCACCUUCCUCAGCAACGAGUAAAAAAUCAUCUUCUUCUCAACCACCAUCUAGAAGAGGCUCAUCUAAAACAAAAUAAGUUUUAUACUUGCAGUUUUUAAUAAUAGGAUGUUUUCUUAUGUAUUUACUUAGCUGACGCUCUGACGUGAGCAAUUCGGAUGGGGGUAGUUUUCAAAUCUGCGCCAUCUUGAGAUUUUGACAUGGACGAUGCUUCCCUGAUUUUUGGCCAUAUGAUGUAAACUACUUAAAUUUGUUAAGCCUCUUGCCUUGUAACUUAAUUGAAAAGUGAAUUCCAAAGAAAAGAUAGUUCGCUGUGUCUGUAGAUAUGGGAGCGUCCUUCAUGAAAACAUAAAACAUGACAUUCAGGUAUCAUUCUUAGUACAUUGAAUCUAUUGUGGGUAGAAGGUCAAUUGAAUAGCAAGCACACUGGAGUCAGUGUAAGCUACAGAUAUCACAUACAACAGGUGUAGUGGAGUAAUUCAAAAAUUAUUUUUUUUUUUUUUAUGAAUGCUUCUUUUUGUUACAAAUUGUUUUUUUAUAUAUUCAUACUUAUAAUUUCAUUCAGCGAAUAUUAAUUUGAUUUCCGUUCUGUUCAUCUUUCUAAAAUCAUUUGGAUCAUAUCUCUGUUAAAAAUUGAUACAACGCAAGGACACAAACACCCAUAUUAGGGCUGUAAUAUUUUGUAAUACAUGUCUCUCGGAAGAUAAACAUACAUUUUAAUUUCUAGAACAAUCACAUACAUCACCGGUUAACAAAAUCCACUCAAACUUUUGUGAAUGCCGCAUCUUGUACUCUGUGUAGCAUGGCCUGUACAGGUAGCAAUGGUCAGUACUAUCUUUACUGGAGCUAAAAACCACUGAUGUUGCUUUUCUGAUGUUGUGAAAGUGAUAGCAUGUAGUAAUAUUAAACCCUUUGAAUGCCAACUUUAAAUCUUAUUACCUUUUAUAGAAUAAUUCUGAAUAAAUCUGAGAAAUCAAAAAAAUAUUCAAAUUUUCUCAACAAAGGUUAUCAAGACUGUUUGUAGCCAUUGGGAAAUUAACAAAGAAAUUAUAAAAAAAAUUACAUUGCGGGAAAAAUAAUGAUUAUGCAUUAUUAUUA